UUACCAUUUUUGAAUUCAACACACGUUAAUUUUUUGGCUUAUGAAUGAGAUAUCUUCAUUUUAACUUCUCUAUCUAAUGCUUUCAUCCACAUCUCGAUGUUUGGUGCAACUGCGAAGACAUUAAGAUACCACUGAUUUUUACAGGAACGUGUGUCCAUAAAUUAUAGGUAGUAAAUUUGGUCCUUCUUUUAAAAAAAAGGUAGCACUAAACCGGAUAAAACUGACUUACGUGAUAACAUGAUUUCGGGAUAAAUAAAAAUAAAAAUUAAUGUGCAAUUUUUGUCAUUUUAUUUUUGUCGACACUUCAUUACUGGAAAAUUAACAAAAUUAUUAAUAUGUAUUAAAAAAAGGAGUACUAUUUUUGAAUCCAGUAUGUUGUCAAUUCAUUGGCAUCUAAAUUAAAUAUUUGUAUUUAAACUUAGAUAUUAAUUCUUUCGGCAUUUUGCCAAUUCGUACUCGGUUGCAUCUUAAUGGGUUCAUGUCGUUCGUUGGUGAAAAAAAAAAACAAAAUAUUGUUAGAUCACGCACUUUUUGGUAAUUUUAUAUUUUUGAUAAUUUUAUCUCUUGGUGCAGAAAACGUGGAGCUGGAAAUAUUAUGUUGUUCGCGUACAAACUUACCUUUCGAUUUUCGAUUGCUCUACAUUUAUUGUGCACAAUAAAUUCGAGUAAAUUUCGCUGUCGUUAUUUCGAUUUUGAAAGACUAACCUAAUUACUCUCAAUUGAAUGUUAUCUCCGAGAAAAAUUUGACCAAUGAUUAGAUCAAUUAUGUUCGAAAGGCAUGAUGAAAAAAACUCGCAAGCGUUGAACGUUACACCGAACGAUGAAAUACAUCAAAACAAUAAUCACAUUCCAAAAAUCGUCACAAAACCGGAAACCAGAAACAACAAUGACAUCAAACCAUCGUUAAAAUUCCGACGAGCCUUGCCGCAGAUUUUAGCAACAUGUGCAAAAAAUCUACUUCUGUUGACGUACGGAAUGACACUGGGGGUGUCUACGAUAGCAAUACCGGCUCUAGAAGAUCCGAAUUCGUCGAGCAAAAAUGGCUCGCAUGGGUAUCAUCAGCGAGAUGGCAUACUUACCUUGAACGAAACGCAAAUAUCUUGGUUCAGCAGUAUACAUCUGAUCUGCGUCCCUUUCGGCUGCUUCGUUUCUGGACUGAUUACGCAACCGUUGGGCCGUAAAAAAAGUAUGAUGCUAUUAAAUAUACCAUUUUUCACUGUGUGGCUUUUGCUGUACAAUGCAACCAGUGUGACUACUUUGUACAUUGCCUUGGUAAUCAGCGGUUUGUCAGGAGGCUUGCACGAAGCACCGGUGUUGACGUAUUUGGCGGAAAUCACUCAGCCAUCUUUAAGAGGAAUGCUGGGUGCUACAGCUCCUACGACCGUCAUCAUUGGUACUGUUUCGCAGCUCAUAUUGGGCAAAUUUUAUCACUGGAGAUCGGUGGUUUUAUUCAAUAUGUUUUUCCCUAUUAUUGCAUUUAUCGCUUUAAGUUUUGUUCCUGAAAGUCCUCAUUGGUUAAUUGCUAAAGGAAGAUUAGAAGAAGCAGAAAAGGCAUUAUGUUGGCUGCGAGGAUGGGUCGGUCCUGAAAUGGUCAAAGAAGAGUUCUCGUUGCUGAAGAAAGUCAUCCAAUCGAAAAGCAGCCGCAGCAGGAUGUCGUUUAUGGACAAGUUCAAAUGGUACAAACGAAGAACCUUCAUCAUUCCACAUUUCCUCUUGAUUGUGACGUUUUUCGUUGGUCAUUUUGGUGGAAUGAUGAGUGUUCAAACGAAUGCUGUUAAAUUAUUUACUUUGUUAAAAUCUCCGAUCGACGAAUACACCUGUACGUUGAUAUUGGGUAUCACCGAAUUCGCCGGCGCCGUUAUUUGCGUGAUAUUGGUACGAUGGACGGGGAAAAGGCUAUUGCUCAUAUGGACCACCGCUGGAUGCUCAAUUUCUUUACUUGUUGUUUCACUAUACGCUUAUGUUACCUCGAUAUCGACGUUUACGUUCGAUUCGUCAUUUUCUUAUAUUCCAUUAGUAUUUGUUAAUAUUAACGCGUUCUUGAUCCAUGCUGGUAUUCGACUUCUGCCCUGGGUGUUGGUCGGUGAGCUGUAUCCUACAGAAAUCCGCGCCACAGCCAGCGGUGCGACUGCAUUUUGGUUCUACGUAUUCGCUUUCUCUGCUAACAAGUCGUAUCAGUGGAUGUUGAGCACACUGAAAGUAUUCGGACUUUUAGGCCUAUACGGUACCGUCAUCGGUAUCGGUUCUGUAUUCUUUUUCUUCUUCUUACCCGAAACUGAGGGACACACAUUGCACGAAAUCGAAAGGCAUUUCGCCGAAGAAGGUAAUAUCUUCAAGACGAGCAUCGAUAGUAACCACGAACUCGGCGUGACCGCAAACGAUCAAAAGAGAAUGAAAGAAGAUAUCGAAUCGUAUUUGUGAUGACUACGAUAAAAUUACAUCGACCAUCUUGUUUCAAAAAUAAAAACAACAGGUUCUACACGAUUCCGAUGGAAUCAGAAUUUUUGUACGGUAUUACUACUUUUUUAUUAGCUCGAAUUUCGAGAAAGAUGUGUAAAAAGUUGAGGAUGCGAAGACGUUUACUUACGUUUUCUGUGUUUAAAAACAAAAUGUGAAUAUAAUCGAUUUUCUUACUUUUAAUGCGAAUUUUGGAUGUUUCGUAUGUUGUACCUGAUAAUUAAAAUAACUCAUUUUCUACAUUCAUUUGUAAUUCAUUUCUAUUUUGUUGGUCGUGUUUUUCACGUAAAAUACGAGUAGAAUAGUGACAAUAAUAAUUUUGAUUGCUGGUUGCUGGAAAAUAAAUUUCUUAAUUUGCGCGUU